AGUUGAAUUCGGCCAACGGCACAGGCAAGAACGUAGAGUUCUGAUCAAACUAAAUUGUAAUAAAAUCCUGUUGCAGCAAUGAAAUUGUUUUGUCAAAUCUUUUUGACAACUGCGUUAGUCGCUUUGGUUUCAUCGGCGCCUUUGGAGAAAGGUGAACGAGAGGAGGAGGUUCAUUUCGGGUUUCACACUGAAAAUGGCCAUCAGCGAAAUGAGGCCAUAACGUACACAGUAAAACCUGAAACGGUCCAGGAUCCCAAGGAGGCGACUACCCAAAAACCUGUGGAAUAUAAAGGCGGAUACAGUUUCAUCUCGGCCGAUGGUUACGAGUACCAGGUCCUCUAUAAGGCCAACAAAAACGGUUUUCAGCCCUAUGUGACAGCCCACAAAAUUAAACCGGAUAAGAGUUAAGCAAAUUUGUUUAUUGGCAUUGUGAUAGAAAAUUAAAAUUCCGCAUAAUU